AAAAGUCUGACAUCUAUAGUCAAAGGUUUUCACUGGACACAAAUGGAGUCGAGAUACCUUCGAAAGUUCCUUGGCCGAUGUCUGAGUCAAGCCCUUGCAGAUGUGGUCAAAUUUCAACCAGUAGACCCAAUUGAGUACCUAGCCUUCUGGCUUUACAAAUAUAAGGAAAAUAUGGUUGCAGAAGAAUUGCGGCAAAGGGAACUGGCUCAGUUGCAGCAAGAACAAGAAUUAGCUAGGAUGGAGCAGGAAAUGUUGAAGCAACUGAAAGAAGAGGAGCUGUUGUUUCAACAGCAACAGUUAGAGUUGGAACUGGAAGAAAAAGAAAGGCUGAGACUUGAAGAGUUAGAGAAGCAACGACUUGAAAUGGAAAUUCAAGAAAGAGAAAGGUUGAUCUUGGAAGGGCUAGAGAAGUACGAGGAGGAAUACAGUGGGGAAGAAGAAGAAAAUGUAGAAAUUCCACUGGAAGGGGAUGAUUUAAAUAAGACGUUAGCUGAAAUUAGCGAUAGGUAUGGAGCACCUAAUUUAAGUCGAGUUGAAGAAUUAGAGGAACCAACUACUUCUGAUGUAGCAUUAGAGUAUGGAAAAGAAGGCAAAGAGCAAUGAACAUCAGCCAUACAUAUAUUUUUGCUUGUUACAGUUUUCAAUAAAGAAAAUCUAAACUU